AUGGCAAAGCCCGUCGCACGUUGGAGGCGCUCUGGGCCUCGGGACAGCAUAGGCAUCCAAAGAGGCGCUGAGGCAAGUCCACCUCCUGGGUCUUCAACUCCUUCUGACAAUCAGGAGCCAAACAUUCCGAGGACCUUCUCCUCUUUUCGUACGCAGGGAAUAGCCUCCACAACACAGGAACCAGGGACCUCCCCCAGUCGUGAGGAUGGCCUUUUAGGGGCUGCCUCUGGCUUUGGCCCCGCUGGCUUCUCAACUCAGUCUCCGUCUGUAGGAGGGUCUGGCGGAGUACCAGCGCAUAAUCUUGGGGCGCCAGAUGGAUCACGAGGCAACUUCGGGCCUCCGGUCAGCCAUGCGCCAACGGGAAGCGAUCCGCAAUCUGCAAUAUCUGUGCUGUUCGGAAACAGGGGCCUUGAAGCCUUCAACAAGCUAACACUCGACGAUGAGUACAUCCUUCACUUCUACGGAGUCCGGCAAACGUUUAUGAAGCCGGCGGUACAGGAACACUGCGAGAGGGCACCUGGGGGAGAUAGUAACGGAGGGUUUCAGCACACGCUUGUGUGGAAUGUCAGGAGCCGCGAAUUCCGGGCCUCCGGCAUUGGCCGCUCAAAAAAGGAUGCGAAGAAAGAGGCUGUGAAAGUUCUCUUGGUGCAGUUGGGUCCGGUGACCCCGCAUGAGUAUGAACAAGUUACUCGAGUCAUUUUCAGCACCCUCCGAGGAAAACUGAACGCGAAGCAGAGGGCUAUUCCCAUUUCCAGGAUGAAGCACAGUUUCGAGUGGAAUUUCUUGCUGGAUGGAGAGCCUACUAUCGUGGAGUCACAAGGUAGUGGCUCCUUUCCAGCUGAGGCAGAGAUUGCCGCGAUGCAAGACAUGUACAUAAAAGUGCAGGAGCUGAAGGAUAAAGGGUUGAUGCGUCGGGCAGUCUUAAAUGCUGAGGCGUCGAAAAAUAGGAAGGUGCAGCCACAGGAGCACCGGAGCCAGAUUACGAGACCGUCGCAGCUAUCAAAGCACACGGCUGGUGAAAUUAACAUGUUGCACAAUACCGUCACCUCCCAGAACCAAAUAAAGGCCACAGAAACGAUAACGGAGGCGCCAGAAGGUCAUCGGUGUGCGCUUGAAUGGAAAUGGAAAUCAAAUGAUGGGCGCAUGCAUUCUCAUGUUAUCGUCGCUGUCGGCUCUACCAAAGCUGGUGCACGAGCUCAGGCAGCCAUGCAAAUGAUGCAAGCGGCGGGCUUCAUAGAACACGUUGAUGACAAGGACAGACAAGCAGCCCUUAUGGUUGUGAACCAGGUGGAAAGCAAAAAGGACCCGUCUGUGUAUGUAGAGAGUGCUUGCCGGCUCAUCGCCGAAACGAGGGGAGCUGUAUGGCGUAUAUUCCUGCCAGUCGUUUGGCGCGCAGCCAUGGCUGAAGGCAGUCGAUCACUAGUAAACUCCCUAAUUGACCAGUUAAAGGUGCAAGCAGCUCCACGCCCCGUGGUUGCAGAGCAAACUCAAAGUGAUGGCCAGAGUAGCUCUGGGCUCCAAGAGGUCGUUAAAGCGUCAUAUGACGCUCCGAAAGUGAUGCCUCCGGAUCUGUGGGAGCAGCUUCUUGACGAGUGCACGGUUUUGACAAACUGCGAGUUUGGACAGUCGGUGCUUCACGAGCUUGGUGGACUGUCACUGGAUAGCAGCUGGUUCCCUUCGACUCUGGCGAUGCGCUACUUUCACAACUAUAGGCUAAUGCUUGCGCUGGAGUGGCAAGCACAAGUCGCAACGAACAUCAGCGAUCGCCGAGCUUUUGCCGACCUUGGGGAAGGCAAGCAUGUUCUACUUACGCGGAAGUCUGUUACCUUCCCAGUGUUUUCGUUCUCCACAUUCUUACGAGAGGAAGAGCGCAUGUUCCUCAGGAGCGUCCAGUUCCGGGAAGAUGAUAUCGUUCUCCUCAGGCCGGCAGAUCCGCAUGCAUUUACUGAGGAGGAAUCUUGGCAACGAUGCUUUGUGGGCGUCGUUACGAGUGUAAAAGGAGAUUUCUCAGAAUCCAUGAACGUGAAUGUUCGCGUUGCCACUGCCGAAGUCAAGAAGUACCCAGAAGUCUUCACGACCAAUAAAUUCAAGCUUUACUAUCUCACUCCUGCUGUAACGCACGACAGGAUGGUCCAGGCGCUCAGAGGCCUUACAAUGUCGAAGCAUCCAGCAGGGAAGUCGCCACCCCCUUACGUCUUCGCACCGGAGAUCCGUUACCUUCUCCUGCACACUAGUGAACCUCAGGCCCAGCAGGUGUCUGGUCGGGGACCAGUGCCGCAGCUAAGCGACACAGACCCAGAGCAGUACAACCCGCUACACCAAUUGGACGAACUGGCGGAUGGUGACUCUUGCAAGAAGCAACGGGUGCAGCCAUCUCUGCUGCAACAAGUUUCACUGCAGGCGCGGAGGCAAACCCCUUCCUCAAGCCGUAGUGCUCCGGAUGAGGGCUACGAAAUGUUCGGCGAUGGUUUUCGACUCCCGACAGGCUUACCGCUUAACGAGGCUCAGCGCCAAGCAACGAUAAGCGCCAUGACAAAUCGCCUAACCCUUGUGCAGGGUCCUCCUGGCACAGGAAAGACACACGUGGCUUGCGCAAUUAUUGAUGCGUGGCAGCGCAUCAACCCUACUAAAAAAAUUCUCGCUGUCGCUGACUCAAACGUUGCCGCGGACAAUCUCAUGGAGGGGCUCAGCAACCGAGGCAUCCGUAGCGUUCGAGUAGGCAGCGGAAGCGAGUCGGAUUUAAAGGAAGAAUCAAUUCAAGAUCUUCCUCGAUAUCGCGAUCUUCUACGAAUGAGAGACAAGAAUUCAGGAGAGGCACGAAGUUUGCGCAUGCUUCUCGUCCGAGAAGCCGUUCGCAAGUAUAAUGUCAUCAUCGCAACCUGUGUUGGCAGUGGCCACGAGAUGUUCGACGAUGUCACGUUUGAGAGGGUCAUUAUUGACGAGUGCGCCCAGUCCAUUGAGCCGUCUAAUCUAAUCCCAUUAGGCCACGGUUGCCGUUCAGUGGUCCUAAUUGGCGACCAUAAGCAACUUCCUCCCACCAUCGUUUCACGGGAGGCUAGCGAUGGCGGGCUGGGAGUUUCGCUUCUUGAGCGAUUCGUCGGAAGUGGCAUCGCACCAAUUCACUUGCUAAACGAGCAACGUCGUAUGCACCCAAGUAUUGCUCAUUUUCCAAACAUGCAGUUCUACCAGGGGAAGAUUUUCAGUCGAGAUGUGGACGACUGCAACCGUCCCCCAGUAGCAGGGUUUCUUUGGCCAUCCUCACACAGUCGGGUGUGCCUUAUUGAUAUUUCCGCUGGGCUUGCGAACAUGGAGCAGUCUUUGGGGACGUCGAAGUACAGCCUUGUUGAAAUCGACCCGAUACUGGCAAUAUUGCGGUCAGUAUUGCAGUGCGGUACAAUCCGUCCGAGCGAAAUCGGCAUUUUAACCCCGUACGAUGCGCAGAAAGCGCGGAUCCGCUUCGCCUUAAACGACUCUUUUGACAAGGCGUUAUGCUAUCAGAUUGAUGUCGACUCUGUGGACGGGUUCCAGGGCAAGGAGAAGGAUCUGAUCAUCUUCAGCGCUGUUCGUUCCAACCCUAGAGGUGAAAUAGGUUUUUUAAAGGAUGCACGCCGGCUCAACGUGAUGCUCACUCGUGCUAGACGAGGCCUUCUUGUUGUUGGAGACCAGUUGUCUCUUUGGGCGGAUACAGUGAACUGGAGGCCUUGGAUUUCUUGGGUUGGAAGCCAGAGGUCAAUCGUUCCCAUUUCUCGCUUGAACGACUACCUUGAGGUGCCCACGUACAACUAUAACCCCAUAGCGUCAGGAGCUGCUCGAGUCGGUGCAAGUGCAGUCGGUACCGGGAGCGUCACUGCGACGAGCACUGGAGGAGGGGCCAUAAAGACAGCGUACAUGCCGCAGGGUUUUCAAGCAGAUUUCGGGAGUGGCGGGAUGGGCGUGCGUGGAGAGGGAGGGCGCGAAACAGCACCCGAGCCGAUGCACGAAGAGGAAGAAGUGCCCGAAGACUGGGAACAGCAUCUCUGA